GCCCCUUGACAUGUUCAGUUCCUGUUUGGACAGUGAAGAGUUGACACGCAGAGCGUUUUCCACGAUAUACAAGUAGACUUACAAAGAUGCCUGUCGAUUAUGUCAGUAUUGCGUAUGCGGUUACAGUUGCUGCUGGAGGUAUCCUGGGUUAUACUAGAGCGGGCAGUGUCCCUUCCUUGGCCGCAGGUGUGAUCUGCGGAGGGCUGAUGGGGUAUGGUGCCUACCAAACAUCACAGGACCCCAAAAAUGUUAUGCUUUCACUUGUGACCUGUUGUAUAUUGGCUCUUGUCAUGGGAUCCAGAUUUUAUGGUUCAGGGAAGUUCAUGCCAGCAGGUCUAGUGUUGAUUUUGAGCAUACUUAUGGUGGCAAGAUUUGGAUACAGGCUAACCCAGAAGUAAAUGGAGAAGUGGAUAGUUUGAGAAUUUCAAUGUCAUAAAAAAUUAAUUAUUUGAAUGUAAAAUACUGAAGUAUGUUCAGUUUCCUUGCCAUAAUAUGGGUUGAAAGUGUUUUAUAACUUGUUCCAUCCUUCAUUCAACUGCAUUUGUCAGACACUUUAUGCAACAAACUUAUAUAUAUAUAUAAAAUGAGUCGAAUCUGAAUCAUAGAAGUAAAUAUUUAACAUGGUUUUAAUAAAAUUAAAUGAAACUAAACUUUGAUAUUAUAUUUACUAGUUAUAGUCAACAGGCUAAGCCGACAUUAUUCAGAAUGCACAUGUAGCUAGCAAUUUGGUUUAGACUUGUGGGGGCGAGCCUAUUAACUAUUUGCUGUACAGAAUCCAGAAACAACAUAAGUACAGAAGAGUUAAACCAAAUUGCUAGCUACAUGUACAUUCUGAAUUAUGUCAGCUUAGCCUGUUGACUAUAGUCGACAGUGGGAAAGAGGGAACUUGAAAUAGCCUAUAGUCAACAACAGGAAUGAGGGAGCACAUAUGUAUUUUUUUUUUUUUUUUUUUUUUAAAUAUACAUAUACUAACAUUUGAAUUGAGGGCUACUUGCAAUGUAGACAAUGGUUUAUUCUUUGGUGCUACAAAAAAUGUUAAUUUGUAUCAAAUAUUCCUCAAUAUAGUAUCGCAGAUACAAUUCAUUUUACAUCAUAUAAUCUGAAUAAAAUUUGUGGAAAGGGAGAUGAGUGUACAUCGUGAAGUAUUUGUUUGUGUUCUGUUAAUGUUUAAGACUGAUUGACAUACAACUAUAAAUCAUUAAGAUAUUCUGUGAAUAAAAUUGUUUAUUGUAAAUCAA